GCAGAGAGAACUGACCUCUCCCUGUCCUCUGUCCUCUGUGGUGUUUCAGGCAGAGAAAAAGGCCCUGCUGGUGUCAGUGAUGAACACAAUGGAGGACCAUGAGGAGAUGGAGCCUGAGCCACAACAGAAAGAAGAGGUGUCAGUCAUCACACACAACCAACAACAACAACAGCAACAACAACAACAGCAACAACAACAACAGCAGCAGCAGCAACAGCAGCCCACGGACCCAGCGUCCCCGACAGUGGCCACCACACCUGAACCUGUCGCCAUGGCAGGAGGGGACAAGACGUCACCCAAGACAGCUGAUACUGAGCCUGAGUACGAGGUAAACACAAGACACACAAUGUAGCAAUUACAUAUAUGCCACUUAGCAAAUGCUUAGCAGACGGUCAUCCACCAGAAACUGACUUAAAGUACAGUGAGUAGAUACAUUUUGUUUGUUAGUAUGUGUAUGUGAUGAUCUUAUCCCAGUAGGACGGAUGUGGUUUCAGCAUUGGGGAGCUAGUGUGGGGGAAGCUGAGGCGGUUCUCCUGGUGUUGUUUACCGUUGUUGUUGUUGUCCUGCAGGAGGGACGUGGUUUCGGCAUUGGGGAGCUGGUGUGGGGGAAGCUGAGGGUGUUUUUCUGGUGUUGUUAUCCUGGUGUAGUUGUUUACUGUUGUUGUUGUCUUGUAGGACGGGCGUGGUUUCAGCAUUGGGGAGCUAGUGUGGGGGAAGCUGAGGGGGUUCUCCUGGUGGCCUGGUCGUAUUGUCUCCUGGUGGAUGACCGGACGCAGCCGAGCUGCCGAGGGGACACGAUGGGUCAUGUGGUUUGGUGACGGAAAAUUCUCUGUGGUGAGUAAAAACGGUUAAAACAGCACACCAGUGUCGUGUUCAGUAGGCACCAAACAUAUGAAAACAGACUGGAACUGGGAGUGACUACCUGGAUUAAUUUGUCCAGUAAGAAACAGUCAUUUUCGGUUUCCGUUUUAAAACGUUUUGCUAUGGUGUGCCCUACUGAACACGACCCAUUAAAACUGAAUUUUCUGUUCCACUAAUGAAAACAAAUAAAAUUAGAAAUUACUAAAUUCAGUUGUUCAUCUGUGUCUACUAUUUUCCUACAGGUGUGUGUAGAGAAACUGUUGCCUUUGAGUUCCUUCUCCAACGCCUUCCACCAGCCCACCUACAGCAAGCAGCCCAUGUAUAAAAAAGCUAUCUACGAGGUGCUUCAGGUCAGCACUGGGCUAAAUUUCAUUAUGUCUCAUUCACAGCAUUCAGUCGUGUCCCAUUUAAUCACAGCGGGCUAAACUGGUUGAAAUUACGUCAUUACAACCAGUUCACAACUAGAACUGGAUUGGAAUCUGGUUUUAAUGGUUGUAAUUCGAUUGUGAUUAUGUCAUGUCAACCAGCUUUGUGCGCUGAAAGAUACUGCUAGUCAGCACCUUUCAAAAUCAUAGACUGUUGAAAAAGGCCUCAAGUCCUCUAGAAUGGCUCAGAGAAGGUCUGCUCUGUAGUAAUGAUAGAUGCUUAUAAUACCUGCUGAGUGAACAUUAGGAACACCUGCUCUUUCUAUGACUUAGACUGACCAGGUGAAUCCAGGUGAAAGCUAUGAUCCCUUAUUGAUGUCACCUGUUAAAUCCACUUCAAUCCGUGUAGAUGAAGGGGAGGAGACAGUUUAAAGAAGGAUUUUUAAGCCUUGAGACAUGGAUUGUGUAUGUGUGCCAUUCAGAGGGUGAAUGGGCAAGACAAAAUAUUUAAGUGCCUUUGAACGAGGUAUGGUAGUAGGUGCCAGGCGCACCAGUUUGUGUCAAGAACUGCACCGCUGCUGAGUUUUUCGCGCUCAACAGUUUCCCGUGUGUAUCAAGAAUGGUCCACCACCCAAAGGACAUCCAGUCAACUUGGCACAACUGUGGGAAGCAUUGGAGUCAACAUGGGCCAGCAUCCCUGUGGAACGCUUUCGACACCUUGUAGAGUCCAUGCCCCGACGAAUUGAGGCUGUUCUGAGGGCAAAAGGGGGUGCAACUCAAUAUUAGGAAGGUGUUUCUAAUGUUUUGUACACUCAGUGUAUAUACAGUGGGGAGAACAAGUAUUUGAUACACUGCCGAUUUUGCAGGUUUUCCUACUUACAAAGCAUGUAGAGGUCUGUCAUUUUUAUCAUAGGUACACUUCAACCGUGAGAGACGGAAUCUAAAACAAAAAUCCAGAAAAUCAUAUUGUAUGAUUUUAAAGUAAUUAAUUUGCAUUUUAUUGCAUGACAUAAGUAUUUGAUCAACUACCACCCAGUAAGAAUUCCGGCUCUCACAGACCUGUUAGUUUUUCUUUAAGAAGCCCUCCUGUUCUCCACUCAUUACCUGUAUUAACUGCACCUGUUUGAACUUGUUGCCUGUAUAAAAACACAUGUCCACACACUCAAUCAAACAGACUCCAGCCUCUCCACAAUGGCCAAGACCAGAGAGCUGUGUAAGGACAUCAGGGAUAAAAUUGUACACCUGCACAAGGCUGGGAUGGGCUACAGGACAAUAGGCAAGCAGCUUGGUGAGAACGCAACAACUGUUGGCGCAAUUAUUAGAAAAUGGAAGAAGUUCAAGAUGACGGUCAAUCACCCUCGGUCUGGGGCUCCAUGCAAGAUCUCACCUCGUGGGGCAUCAAUGAUCAUGAGGAAGGUGAGGGAUCAGCCCAGAACUACACGGCAGGACCUGGUCAAUGACCUGAAGAGAGCUGGGCCCACAGUCUCAAAGAAAACCAUUAGUAAAACACUACGCCGUCAUGGAUUAAAAUCCAACAGCGCACGCAAGGUCCCCCUGCUCAAGCCAGUGCAUGUCUAGGCCCGUCUGAAGUUUGCCAAUGACCAUCUGGACGAUCCAGAGGAGGAAUGGGAGAAGGUAAUGUGGUCUGAUGAGACAAAAAUAGAGCUUUUUGGUCUAAACUCCACUCGCCGUGUUUGGAGGAAGAAGGAUGAGUACAACCCCAAGAACACCAUCCCAACCAUGAAGCAUGGAGGUGGAAACAUCAUUCUUUGGGGAUGCUUUUCUGCAAAGGGGCCAGGACGACUGCACCAUAUUGAGGGGAGGAUGGAUGGGGUCAUGUAUCGCGAGAUCUUGGCCAACAACCUCCUUCCCUCAGUAAGAGCAAUGAAGAUGGGUCGUGGCUGGGUCUUCCAGCAUGACAACGACCCGAAACACACAGCCAGGGCAACUAAGGAGUGGCUCCGUAAGAAGCAUAUCAAGGUCCUGGAGUGGCCUAGCCAGUCUCCAGACCUGAACCCAAUAGAAAAUCUUUGGAGGGAGCUGAAAGUCCGUAUUGCCCAGCGACAGCCCCGAAACCUGAAGGAUCUGGAGAAGGUCUGUAUGGAGGAGUGGGCCAAAAUCCCUGCUGCAGUGUGUGCAAAACUGGUCAAGACCUACAGGAAACGUAUGAUCUCUGUAAUUGCAAACAAAGGUUUCUGUACCAAAUAUUAAGUUCUGCUUUUCUGAUGUAUCAAAUACUUAUGUCAUGCAAUAAAAUACAAAUUAAUUACUUAAAAAUCAUACAAUGUGAUUUUCUGGAUUUUUGUUUUAGAUUCCGUCUCUCACAGUUGAAGUGUACCUAUGAUAACAAUUACAGACCUCUACAUGCUUUGUAAGUAGGAAAACCUGCAAAAUCGGCAGUGUAUCAAAUACUUGUUCUCCCCACUGUAGAUACAGUCACCUCCAAGAUUAUUGGCACCCUUGAUAAAGAUGAGAAAAAAAGACUAUAAAAUAAAUCAUUUAAAUACCUAGCUAUAUUGUAUGAUUUUUUUAAAAUGAUAAAAUGAUAUUCUAUUAUACUAAUAAAAUUACUCAGAGAAAGAGAUCUUGUGUAAUAAUGUAUUUUCUCAACAGGAUAGGUGUCAAAAUUAUUGGCACCCCUGUUAUCAAUACUUUGUGCACCCUCCCCUUGCGAGGAUUACGGCACUGAGCCUUUUUCUAUAAUGUUUUAUGAGAUUGGAGAACACAUUGGGAGGGAUCUUAGACCAUUCCUCCAUACAGAAUCUUUCCAGAUCCUUGAUAUCCUUCGUCUGUACUUAUGGACUGCCCUCUUCAAUUCAAACCACAGGUUUUCAAUGGAGUUCAAGUCCGGAGAUUGAGAUGCCAUUGCAAAAUGUUGAUUUUGUGGUCAAUUAACUAUUUCUUUUUGGAUUUUGAUGUGUGCUUGGGGUUAUUGUCUUGCUGGAAGAUCCAACUAUGUGCCAAGUUUCAGCCUCCCUCCCAAUGUGUUCUCCAAUCUCAUAAAACAUUUUAGAAAAAGACUCAGUGCCAAUCCUCGCAAGGGGAGCGUGCCGGAGUAUUGAAAACGGGUGCCAAUAAUUUUGACCCCUAUUCUUUUUGAGAGAAAAAAAGGUAUUACUUGUUAAACAGUAUAAAAUAAUAUAAAAUGAGCAUACAAUAUAGCUCAGUGUUUCCAUUUUAUACAGUCUUUUUUGCUCAUCUUGAUCAAGGUACCAAUAAUUUUGGAGUUGACUGUAUAUACAGGUGAUGAAAUGAUGACAACAAUGACUGGUCAUGUCCCUCUGCAGGUGGCCAGCACCCGAGCAGGCAAAGCCUUCAUAGGCUGUCCGGAGAGCGAUGAGACAGACACCUCCAAGUCAGUGGAUCUACAGAGCAAACAGAUGAUAGAGUGGGCAAAGACAGGCUUCCAACCCACCGGACCCAAGGGCCUAGAGCCACCAGAAGGUACGUUUCAAGUUUAUUUGCCAAUUAUUUGUAAUGAAUACAUUGAAAAUCACCUUAGCUUAGAGCCACCUGAAGACAAGAGGAGCUUUAUAACAGGCAGGUUGCCUAGCGGUUAGAGCGCUGGGCCAGUAACCAAAAGGUUGCUGGUUGAAUACCCAAGGCGACAAGGUGAAAAAUCUGUCGAUGUGCUCUUGAGCAAGGCACUUAACCAUAAUUUGCUCCAGGGGUGCCAUACUACUAUGGCUGACCCUGUAAAACAACACAUUUCACUACACCUAUCUGAAGACUCAUACAUACAAUAACAUUUUGUUGUCCAUGUUACAGCGAAUAACAAAAGUCCCCCCCCCCCCCAGACAGAACACAUCACACAUCACACACAGUUGAGACAAACACAUGGUCAAGCUGCAGAUGGGGAGCAUGGAUGGGGAGUAUGUUGUGGGGUUAAGGGCCUAACGGUAGGGGAAUGUCUUUAGGAUGUGAACCCAGCAGCCCUCCAGUUGCCAGAUCAAUUCCACCCUUUUUAUCCAGCAUUCCCCUACCUAUCUUUGGUAGUCUUUUGGUAAUAGUAAAAAUGUCUGUUUUUGUCUGGUUAUCUGAGUUGUUUAUUGUGUUACUGAUAUGCCCCGUCCACCAGAGGAGCGUAACCCAUAUAAGGAGGUGUACCCUGACGUGUGGGUGGAGCCAGAGGCGGCAGCCUACACGCCCCCUCCCGCCAAAAAGCCUCGCAAAAGCACAGCAGCAGAGAAACCCAAGGUCAAGGAGAUGAUUGACGAGGGGACGAGAGGUAAGGUAGCUUUUUUCAUUGGGUUAAAUAGGGGUUAUGACCUCUAUAUCCCUCCCCCUCAGGGAGAUUUAGCUAGGGGUGUGUGUGUGUGUGUGUGUGUGUGUGUGUGAGUGUGAAAGAGAAAGACUGUUUGUGAAAGACAGGGUAGCAGGUGCUUAGUACUAGAAGUCAAAGGGUUAACAUGGUCAACUCUAUUAAUGAGUGUAGGUAUUAUAUGUUAUGUAGCUAGUAAAUGUUAUGUAGCACUGUAUCACUUAUGUAGGUGUUAUGAAUAUACUCAGCCUAGCUCUCGUUAUAAUAUACUUUAUAUUGGCAAAAAAAACAAAUGUAAUAUCUUAAAAGCAAAUGGAGAAGUAGGGGUAAGACAGGGUAUGUCUGCAGCUUUUUUCUCUCUCUUGAAGAUGUCAUCUGCAAGGAUGUAUAGUAACAAACAUUCAAAUCAUAUCCUGAUCAGAAACCAUGUUUGUUUUCUGUCUGUAUUUCCAGAGAGACUUGUGUAUGAAGUGAGACAGAAAUGCAGAAGCAUAGAAGGUAAGUGGUCUGUCUCUGUGUUCAGGCAGCCAGGGUCAUGUUCAGUAGGCAGCAAAUGAAAGAAAGUGACUAUUUUAUAUGAGUCCUCAAAGCAUAUUAGCUUUCCUUAUGAAAUGUACAUUCCUCUCACAGCUGUUCAAAUAUGUCUAUUGAAUCCAAGGCUUGAUGCAAGGCAGUGGGGUUUUUAGACCUCCAGUUGGCUUGCCUAGCACCAGUGGUUUAGUGGAGGGUAAAUGUUUAGAAACGUUGUUUAUACAUCAUUUCCUUUUGUAAAUAGUGCCUGUACCUAUUAUGCUAAAGUAGCGUUUCUCAAUCUUGAUCGGCGAUCAGGGUUUACCCAUUUAUUUGCUUACCACUGCAUCUCUGGCUUGCACUAAUUACAUUCUGUCUUUCUCCACAGACAUCUGCAUCUCCUGUGGAAGUUUGAAUGUUUCCCGUGAACACCCUCUAUUUGCUGGAGGAAUGUGCCAAAGCUGUAAGGUAAGGAUGGAGGCCAUUAAGGCUAUUGAAUCAGGGCUAGCUGUAGGCCAUGGAGUCUGUAUAUCUGGGGCUGUAUGUAUCAAGCCACUCAAGCCGGAGUGCUGAUGAUCGGUUUAGCCUUUUGGAUCACAAUGAAUAAGAUUACAUGGACAGGUAGGACCUGAUGCUAUAUCGGCACUCCUACUCUGACAGGUAGGACCUGAUCGUAGAGGGUGGCAGGUAACCUAGCGGUUAAGAGCGUUGGGCCAGUAACCGAAGGGUCGCUUGUUUGAAUUCCCGAGCCGGCAAGGUGGAAAAAUCUGUCGUUCUGCCCUUGAGCAAGGCAGUUAACCCCCGACAACGACUGCUCACCGGGCACCGAUGACGGCGAUUAAUGCAGCCACCCGCACAUCUCUGAUUCAGAGGGGUUGGGUUAAAUUCGGAAGACGCAUUUCGGUUGAAUGCGUUCACUUGUGCAUCUGACUAGGUAUUUCCUUUCCCUUGACAUAUACGGGCCCAGGUCUAGCUCCCCUCUAGAAAAGCCUGGCCUCAAGGGACCCCACUUUGAGCCAUUAACACGUCUUUUGGACGUCAACAUUCUAAUAAAUACAUUUCAUAUAUGCUAUCACAAAUUAUCCUUUGGUUGUGUUUAUGAAGGUGUUAGGUAACAUUAGAAUAUGAAAAAAAAAUGUAUUUCAAAGAACAUAAUAGCAUUUUCAUUAGUUAAUGUUACUGUAGGCUAUAAAGUAAAAAUGAAAAACCACUGAAACCCCAACAAUUCAACAGUUAAAUUCAUUAUUUCCUUUUGGCAGGUCUUAAGAAACAUUAUGGAAAUAAGAAAAUGUAUUUCAAAAGAACAGAAUAGCAUGUUUUAAUGUGUAUUUUGUUACUAGUCUUUGCUUAGUAGCCUGAGCAAUGCUGCCGCGAGUGCUCACGUGUUGAACGCAUGGAACCGCAGUUAUUCUUGGAAAAAGUGGUAUUUUGAAAUGGAGCUCACCUCUUAAUUUUUUUUUGUUAUUUGACAAAGGUAAGUGUUUUAGGAACUGCAGAAUUUGCUCUUUCUGAUACUAUAUAGAAAUCAAAUUGUCUUACCUGCAUGUGACUCUGUUGGAGGAUUUGAAAAAGUGACUUUUUGGCGCUCUGUUUCCCUGCAUCUGUGUCAAUUCCCAAUUGGUAAUAUUGUCACCUAUCAGACUUUUCUUCAUUUAAUCUUGUCUUUAGGCUAACUCUAUUAUUAUAUUAGUUUGGAUAAAGUUUUGGCGUAGUUUCGAUGGGCCAUCAGCUGCACAGGCUGACUGGUGGUGAAUGAGGGGCAGGGGGUGAAAAUGACAUGUCCUCUUAAAACUGAUAUUAAGAUUCUAACAAUGACAGUGUGUUAUAUAGACUUAUUUAGGAAAAGUCAAGGAAAGGGGGGAGGGAAAUUACUUUAAAAUGGCAGAGUAAUUAAAAAUGGAAAUUAGUUUGGCGUCCACAUGACGCGCUCAGCUUUUCUAGUGUUAAAGCUCUCUGUUACCAAAACACAACCACAGUAUUCACAUAUUGAGUGGUGGUUUUCUAAUCACUACUUGUUUUUCUGUUAAUAAUAAUAUUGACAAUACUUUAUUCAACUUAUAGAGCGCAUUUCAUUACACCACGAAUCAAAUAUUUCUCCACUGCUGUGUCCCAGAACUGCUUUCUAGAAUGUGCGUAUCAGUAUGAUGACGAUGGUUACCAGUCAUACUGCACUAUCUGCUGUGGGGGACGAGAGGUGCUCAUGUGUGGAAACAACAACUGCUGCAGGUGAGGGGGGGUACUUUCAUCUGAUGCUAACUAAGUUCAUAAUUGUUGUGAUUCACUCAGUGUAUUUGUGUGUGUUAGGUUAGUAUGUGAGUAUGCCGGUUUACCUUCAUAAGUGUGUCUGUGUGUAACAUUGUGCGUGCGGAUGUUCGUUCUUACGUGUAUGUGAUUAUGUGCGUCCAUGUGUCUGUGUGUAUUAGCGUCUAGCAGGAUAAUAACACAGCCCCCCCCCCCCCCCAAGGUGUUUCUGUGUGGAGUGUGUGGACCUGCUGGUGGGCCCAGGCGCAGCACAGAUAGCUAUAAAAGAGGACCCUUGGAGCUGCUACAUGUGUGAGAAGGGCCAGAAGGGGGUGUUCGGCCUGCUGGAGCGUCGCGCUGACUGGCCCUGCCGUCUACAGCACUUCUUCGCUAAUAAUCAUGACCAAGAUUUUGUGAGUAGUACCUCAGUACUAUGUGUCAAGCUUGCUAUAAAGUUCACAGCCACAGAGCCACAACGAGUCUGUGUUCCAUCGUGACACAGCACGUCCGCGCCUCUAUAAGGGCCAAAUGAGCUCAAACAAGCUUCCUAAAUAUGUAAAUAAUGAGCAGGCAGACUAUCACGGCUCUGGGGCUCUACGAAUUGAGCUUCAAACAGUAGAGACAGCUGACGUCAUUCCAGGCUCUCUCUGGGUAAGUACUAGCCCCAUAUUUUCUCUCUCUCUGUGUUGUUUCACAGGAACCACCAAAGCUUUACCCUCCUGUCAUGGCAGAGAAGAGACAACCCAUUCGUGUCCUGUCACUGUUCGACGGCAUAGCAACAGGUUAGAAGAGAAUCUCCUCCCCCUCUCCUCCUCCCCCUCUUCUCUCCUCUCCUUGACACAAAACCCUCUGAACUUCUCUGUCUCUGUCUGUACAAAGUGUUCCGUCUGUUUCAGGUUUCAUUGGGACUGUCCCCACUGACUCAUGACUACAAACUAGGCUGACUGUCUAUUGUUGUAAAGAUAGAUAGAUAGAUAGCAAACUAAUCCACACAGCAUGCUGUUUAACCAUAUUGUCUAGCAGUGCGCUUCUCAUACCUUUCCUGGCUGUCCUUCACUUCCCUAUCUGUUCAAUAAAACCACACAAAAAUACUAAAGAAGUGGGAAUUCCCAUUCCUGUGAAAAGAAAAGACCACCACAAUAGUGUGCCUCAGGCCAGACCAGGCCUUCAGUAUUGUGUCUCGUCGGUAUUGUUAUUCAGUUCAGUUCACCAAGUUCAAGUUAAUCAUCCACUUUAUUUAACCAGGAUCCACUCAGCAACAACUGCCACUGUUGACCAGGGAGUCAUGGAGUCCAUCAAAAGAACAAAAACAUGCUACUGUUUGACCUAUUUCCACGUUGACCCCUGACCUUUAGGUCUGCUGGUGCUGAAGGAGCUGGGUAUCCAGGUGGAGCGCUACGUGGCGUCGGAGGUGUGUGAGGACUCCAUCACGGUGGGCAUCGUCAGGCAUCAGGGACGCAUCAUGUACGUGGGCGACGUGAGGAACGUCACACGCAAACAUGUGAGUAUUUCAUAUUUUAUAAUGUUAUGAACCAUGGGAGUAGUGCAAGGUCACGCAUGGCCCAUGAAUCACAUUAGCCUGGCUCAAAGACGAACGCCCUAGCCACAAUCUCAAUAAGGAUAUUUCAAUUGAGAAAGAUUGGAAGGUGCCUAUCAGCUAGGGCCAUUACAAAAACACUUCAUAUAACAUUACUUCAACCUCUAAACCACAAAAAAGUAUCUCUUAGUUGGAUAAUCUGUCUAUUUUGUCUUUCUUAUCUCCUGUCCUCCUCUUUCUCGUAUUGUUUUUCCUGUUCUCUCUCUCCCUUGGUACAGUUACACGAGUGGGGCCCCUUUGACUUAGUGAUUGGUGGAAGUCCAUGUAACGACCUCUCUAUUGUCAACCCGGCUAGGAAGGGUCUUUAUGGUAGGUAACAACACUGUACAUUUAUCACUUGUGUUCUGUGAUUGGUGAAGAGUUAUUUCCUGUUGCUGAAUUUUAAAUGACUGUCCUUCUCUGUUUCUCCUGUAGAGGGCACUGGUCGGCUGUUCUUUGAGUUCUACCGCCUGCUGCAUGAGGCUCGGCCCAAAGAGGGCGACAACCGGCCGUUCUUCUGGCUCUUUGAGAAUGUGGUGGCCAUGGGCGUAAGCGACAAGAGGGACAUCUCUCGCUUUCUAGAGGUUUGUUCCUUUACAGAGACUAUAUCACUUCUAGGAGUUCUAGGAGAACGAACUGUACAUCAGGCAUGUAAAUGUUUAACCUUUGGAAUAUGGAUGAAUUUUUGAUGAAUGCCACCUUGUGGUGAUAAUUCACAGUGCAUGGUGUCAAUAUACUAGUUAGGUUAUGAGGGAACAAUUUAAACGGUUAAUUUAAAGAUAUUAAUUUAUCAUUGUAUGAAAUUCUCCUUAUACGAAAGAUCAUCUCCACUACUUCAAUAAAACCCUUCAGGUCAUUCUUGUAAAAGAGAAUAUGUUCUCAAUAACUUACCUGGUCAAAUAAUGGUUAAAUAAACCUCCUGUCUCCCCCUCCCAGUGUAACCCAGUGAUGAUCGAUGCCAAGGAGGUGUCUGCUGCUCACCGCGCCCGCUACUUCUGGGGCAACCUGCCUGGCAUGAACAGGUUGGUGAGAGAACGGUGAGGGAAGCAACAGCCAGCCUGUCACCUAAAGCAACGCACACCGUGGCUAGUUCCUGAGCCAGUCAAACCCUGCAACCAAAGAAUCAUCACCUCCUUUUACGCACUGUUUUUAUCUCUCUCUCUUUCUCUCUCGCUCACCGUCUCUCUCUUACGCUCUUACUCUCUCACACUCUCUUUUUCUCUCUUUCUUUCGCUCAAUCUCUCUCUCUCUCUCUCUCUCUCUCUCUCUCUCUCGCUCACCGUCUCUCUCUUACGCUCUUACUCUCUCACACUCUCUUUUUCGCUCUUUCUCUCGCUCUCUCUCUCUCUCUCUCCUCUCUCUCUCUCUCUCUCUCUCUCUCUCUCUCCGCUCUCUCUCUCUCUCUAUUUUCACACAUCCCUUACCUUUCCCUCUCUUUUCCUCUGCAGACCCUUGACUGCCAUGUGCACUGACAGACUGGACCUUCAGGAGUGUUUGGAGCAUGGCAGAACAGCGAAGGUCAGUUAUAGAUGUCUGGCUUCUUAUUGGAGCUGUGCUUUUGCUGUUCUGGCAUAGACCAAAUUGCCCGAACAUGUAAAUUGUGUAGUUCAUUCAUUUGUACAACUUAGUUCAAGGUACAUGCACUCAAACGGUGUAGAAACAAACAUUGAGUGUGAGUACCUUUUGAAUUUUCAAAUGAAAUGUUUGGUCAUAUGGACAAUUUGGUCCGUAAACAAUACUUGGUUAUCUUAUUCUCAUGCACCAGCCACUUAGUGUGUGCACUGUCUGGUUUCCCCUCAGUUUGGCAAAGUGAGGACCAUCACCACUCGCUCUAAUUCCAUUAAGCAGGGUAAAGACCAGCAUUUCCCCGUCUUCAUGAACGAGAAGGAGGACAUUCUCUGGUGCACUGAGAUGGAGAGGUAGGAACUGAUUACCUUUCAAAUUCAUUCAUCAUACCAGCAAAUGAAAUGACGUUAUUACAAGCAGUUACCUCUUUAUUAUUCGAAUGAUUCCCUUACAGGAAGUCAUAUAUAUUAUUCCAUAUUACCCUUCUAUGAAGCACCUAAAAGUAAAUCUCACAUUGAAAUAUAACGCCAUUUUAGAUGUCACUAAUUCUCAAGUGUAUCUGUCUGUCUGUCUCCUGCUCUGUCUGUCUGUCUGUCUGUCUGUCUGUCUGUCUGUCUGUCUGUCUGUCUGUCUGUCUGUCUGUCUGUCUGUCUGUCUGUCUGUCUGUCUGUCUGUCUGUCUGUCUGUCUGUCUGUCUGUCUGUUCCCUCUGGUGGCUGUCUGGUUACUGUCUCCCUCCCUAGGGUGUUUGGCUUCCCAGUCCAUUACACAGACGUGUCCAACAUGAGUCGACUGGCCAGGCAAAGGCUUCUGGGAAGGUCGUGGAGUGUACCGGUCAUCCGCCACUUGUUUGCACCACUCAAAGAAUACUUUGCCUGUGUUUAACAAGACUUGGCUCAACAAACCAUCACAAACAUAUAACUGAUGUUGUAACUAGAAACAAGAGUCUUGGUGAAAUUAUACUACUCCCUGGUAUCAUUUCUCAGGCAAGCAAAACAUCAUCAGAGUAGAUAUUUCACAUUAUUUCUUGUAUUUUGAAAUGUACUUCUUAUUCUAUUUAAUUUGUAUAUGUCAUUUUACCUUUUAGCAGUGUUAUCCAGUAUUUUUUUAUUGAUUUAUUUGUGCAAGCUAUACUUGAGACAAGGCUUUCUUCUCAAGGCACUGAGAAAGAAGAAACUAUGAUCUGUGCGAUUUUUUGAAUAAAGACUAGGAUUUGAUGAUUGGAAAAGAUCUGAAAGAUAGAAUUUAUGAUACUGUAUGUACAGUAUGUAUGUGAAUGAUUUUGGCUGUGUAGGCAUGAUAUUGUAUUGGCCUAUAUCUGAAGUGGACAAAGCAAAUCCACCUCCAGCCACUGAGCCUCGCAGAGCUAAAGUGAAUAAGAGUGAUUUUCUUCAGUGUGACAGAAAGCUGUGUCUUAAUGAAUCCAAAACACCAGAUCACAUAUACCUCUUUGUUUACAGUUUAUAUACACAGUUAACUGAAGGUAAAGGUACUACUGUAAAAUGGUUACAAUACCAUGGUGCUUCGAGACAAUAGGAAACAUCACAGUCCAUGUGGCACAGGCACUACACUUUAGACAAGAUGGGAAUAAUAAAUACAAAAUAUCACCUGGAAAGUUGUUUUUUCAGUGUGAUAUUUUCACACUUUUAAAUAAGUUAUGUGCUAUCUUAAUAACUUGAAAUGACUUGAAAGUGGCGAUAAAAUAAGGCGUGGUGGCAGAAGACUGCAGAAUUACAUGCCAUAUCCUCCUCUUUCCUAUGUUUUACAGCUUUUUUAAACAAAGAUUAUACUGGUGCUUUUUCAAUCAUUUUUCAAGCCUUGCUACAUGCAAACUCAGGCCCCCAUGCCUGCCUGUGUCAGACUCUGCACAAACAGAAAAUGAAGCUAGCCACAUGGGCAGUGAUGUUUUCUGUAGUUACAAAAACAAAAAAAUCUUGAUCAAAGUCUGUGGUGAACUACUUUUUUCUAGUUUCAUCCUGACCAAUGUCAUUACUGUACAACUGUUAGUGAGCAUGGUCGGUGGACUGGAGGGAGUGUGGGUGCCCUGGUGUUUCCACAACCAAGUAAAGACUCUCCUUCCCUUCUCACCCCUGCAAACUAGAUACUGUCAGGUGCAAGUCUUCAAACAAUAUGGUGCGGCUUCACAAUGUUCUUCUACCUUUUUAUAGCAAUUUUGUGCUGUUUUACCAACAUUAUAAAGCACUUUUUAUAUGUAUAUUUCUUUCUUUUUUCUUUAGUAUUAGAAAAUGUCUUCUUGGUUUUUCUUGUGAAACGUUUGUUUUGUUUUUAUGAGGUGAACUGUUCUACCAUUGUGUAAUACAGUAUGUUUUCUAUACAGUAGGGCUGUGCCAAUAGAAGUGAAAGAAUGGAUUAUUAGAAUUAUGUUCUAUCCAUGUAUCCAUGGAAACAAUUAAUUAUUGGUCCUACUCAAUGUACAGUAGAUUAAUUGAAAAUUAUUAAUGUGCUCCAUUACCAUAUUGUCUUCUGUUCAAAGCAGUAAUUCAGUAUCAUCCUCUGGAUAAAAAAUAAUGUAUAUUUCUAUCAAGAUUGUAGGAUUUAGAUCCCAAAUAG